GGCGCGGACGGGACGGGGCGGGAGGCGCCGCAGCUCCCGCCGGGCAGUAGUCGCGCAGAUACCGCCCAGGACGCGGACGUAGUCGCUGCCGCUGCUCUGCCGCUGGCUGCGCUCCCAAGCUCGGCUCUGCGGCGCGGAGGGGCCACUGGAGCGCAUUCCGGAGCCUCGGGCCACCGCCAGGCAGCGGGAGCUACAGCCAGGCCUACCCGAACGGCGCCCACGCUCCUGCUGCCCAGAGGCGCGGACCCCGCGCCGCCCCCAGCCACCUGCUCAGGCCCGCAGGCGAGGACACCAUGCGCGCUGCGCUGGCGCUCUCGGUGCUGCUGCUGGUGCUGCGAUCGCCACUGCCUUCGCUCUCCGAAAAUAAUACAACGGUCCACUCCAGCAGCACAGCUGCCUCAAUGACUCCUACUACGAAACCCGUGACAUCAUCUGCAUCUGCAAACCAGUCGAGCUCAUCCCCAGUUCCCAUGAGCACCGACGUGAGUGCCCCAAAAGAGCUCUCAAACUUACCAGCUACAGACCAUGGGAAUGGUUUGGAAAAUGAGCUCAACAAGACAAACACUGUGUCUCCAUCCUCUGACUUGAGUGGCACAGGUGCUUCAACUACCGGGAACUCACAGAAUGGGACCUCCAGCAACCCCACCACCCCCGCCGCCACCACCAAGCCCGAGACCACAAGCAACAGGAAUGUUGACCCAGCUACCACACACAUUGUGACCACUUCAGGAAUCCCACCAACAACUUCGGCCUUUCUGAAGACCAUAGCAUCUACUCCUUCACUGGCCAGUGCAGAAAACUCAACCACCCACAUCAGCCACCUAGCAGCCAGUGCUGCCACUGUGAUCUCAAGGACCUCGCCUCAGGGACAGGACAGCCCUCUCACAGCUUCCAAUAAUUCAAGCCUUAUACCUGUUCCUAGUCUCAGUCAUAUAACCCAGACGAUGCUCACCACUCAAAUACCAGUGGAUGUGUCCAUCAGAACUCAGCAGACCUCCAGCAUGCAGCCCACCAGCCAGGUGGUGGGCAGCCCCGUGCCAAGAAGCCCGGCGCCUCCCAGCCCUCUGUACCCUUCCACUGGGACAGCACAGCGUGUGGACUCCACAGCGGGAACUGUGACCACAACCAGUGUGAAGGGACCCCCAGGCUUCAGCACUGUUUUGGCUUCCCCAGGCCCCAGCAUACCUGCUGAACUCUGGAGUUUUGGGAAUAAGACGGUACGUUGCGAGUCUCUCCAGGAGCCGAUGGACAAGCUGCUCAUCUUGAACUGGACAAGUGAGAGAACCAACUCAGAGGCCAACCUGGGAGGCAGCCACUGUAACAAGAGCCUCCUGAAUGAGAAGCUGGUCACAUUGCUGUGCCAAACAGCCAAAGACAACUUCAACCCUGGCCAAGAUAAUUGCACUGUACUGCUAGGACCUGUUCCCGAUAGCCACGCUGUGGCUGUCAAACACAUCAGCAUUCAUACAAACCUUCUUCCCACGGAUGUGUAUAAAUCACUGAAGGACCAAUGGGAUGAACUAAAAGAGCUGGGAGUCAGUGACAUGAGGCUGGGGGAUGACCAUCCAUCAGAGACACUCGACGACCGGUACAGCAUGCCCCUGAUCAUCACCAUUGUCUGCAUGGCGUCCUUCCUGCUGCUCGUUGCAGCCCUCUACGGCUGUUGCCACCAGCGCUUCUCUCAGAGGAAGGAUCAGAACUCCCAUCUUGACAGUGCCACCCCGAUCCCUGGUUCUCAACCCUGGCUGCACACUAGCAGGAGCCGUAAGAACAUUUCCAUGCCUAGCUUCCUCGCGCUCCAACGGGAACCCGAUCUCUGGAUCAGUCAACGACUCACUGAGGAGCUGCAGACAGUGGAAAAUGGUUACCAUGACAACCCAACCCUGGAAGUGAUGGAGACCUCUUCUGAGAUGCAGGAGAAGAAGGUGGUCAACCUUAAUGGAGAGCUUGGGGACAGCUGGAUCGUCCCUCUGGACAACCUGUCCAAGGAUGACCUAGAUGAGGAGGAAGACACACACCUCUAAUCCGGUCUAUUGGCUGCCUCCAUCCAUGCCACAGAGCUGCAGACUGACCACCCGAAGUGCCAUUUGGGCUGGGGAAGAAAAUGCCUCCUCAUUCAAGGAGGGAAAGACUGGGGAGGGAGUGGACUCUGAGGGUUACUGCCUCAACUCCCUCAGGGCCUUAAUUUUUCCCCUUUCAAGAUGAACAAAUCACAUUCUGUCUAGAUUAUUCUUGUAAAGUAACCCACUAGUGCCUGAGCUCAGAGCUGCUGGUGAGCAGAAGGACGAGCAGACAGGAGAUGAAGGGCUAUGGAAGUGAUGUUAGAGAUCCUCCAGUAGACACCGUCAUUUUGCAGGUGACAUGACUGAGGCCUAAGGAAGGCAAUGGGCUGCACAAGGUCACACAGCUACUUGGUGACAGAUUCCCUGCUUCACUCCAGUGCUCAUUUGGACCAUGUCACACUGCUGUGUUCCUUUGUACCCUCUCUUCAGAGCUUCCCUGGCUGGGCAGAGGGUGACACUACAGUGGGGGUGGGGGGCUGGAAAGCAGAGCUGCACCCUGUCCCAGGGGAUCUGACCCUGCAAAAGGACAAGUCCCGGGCUUCCAUCUCCUACUCAAUCCUGCCUGCCAGCAUUUACCUCCUCUUUCCUUUUAUAAACUCUUUCACUCAGUUUUCAGUCCCUCUCUGACCCAGUGCCCCUGGGAAUAACAGAGGUCAUUCAUGAUCUUGAACCCCUUGUUCUGGAUUCAGAUUUUGCUUAAUGAGGUCAGGACUUCCUCUUCCCUCAGAGUGAAUGAGAUCUGUAGAAGGGAUUGGUAGUUGGGUGAAGAGAAAGGGGCGCAUCCCAUCCCAGGAAGGCUUCCCCACGGCAGCUGAUUUGGGCUCCAUACUCACACUGGCCCUUGCCCCAGAGCCUCUCCUUGAAGAUGCCCCCCUCCCAAGAUCUUUGACCUGUUCCCCCAAGGGACAGACAUUUUCAGUAGUACCUGACAUGUUUCUUUGUACACUGCUCACCGAUGGGAUGGAUCUGUGUGGCCCAGGUGUUGAGAGUAGUUCCAGGGCAGAGAUAUGUUUCAUUGGACAAUCAGUUGAAACCACCAGAAGACAGAUGUUGCUGUUUCUUAGGAAACUCAGAGACAUUUUCAAUUUGCUAAGAGUUCUGUUGUAUUUGGUUUUGUUGUUUUUUAAUCUAGCCCUCCACUGCCAAAUGCCAGAGCUCAAACUACUGAAGGCUUUCAGUCUGAUUGAUAGAGAAUCUCCUGUGCCACAGAGAAAAGCCCAGAACAUGCAGUGAAUUUUAAAGUCCCUAGUUUCCUACUGUCCUGCAUGGAGCUAGGCCUUGCUGGUUCUUCUCUGUAUUCCUGGUGGGACCUUGCCAGUUCUCCUGUUUCUGGUGGCAUCUCAGGGAAACACAAAGCCAUGUCUGUUCCCCACCAUGGCUUUUAUAGGCUCAGAAGUUAGCUACCUACAGAGGGCUCCCAAGGGCUAGACAUAGUAAGGUUCACCUCGACUUCUGGGAAGGUGGGAUCAUGCAUGCAAUUGUGAACUUUGGGCCAUGGUCUGUACUGUUCCUGGGCAUAAAUUCCUGGAACCAAUUGUCUGCUUUGGAGCAACUUAUUUAAGAAAAGGUAGGGAACCUAGGGGGAAGACCUUUGGCCUUCCUUGGCUGCCUGAUUCCAUCUUUAGUCUGUAGCUUUUUCAUAUCGUAAGGGAAAAAGACAGCCAGAAAAUCAAGGGACCCCACUGAGAUCUCAAGAGUUAAUGUUCAUUUGACAAAUACCUGCCAUGUUCUCUAGCAUUUGGGCUUUUGGAGCAGGAUAGAGAACAAUGCCAGGUUAAGGGGAAAUAUAAGAAAUACUUUUAUUCUGGAAAGAGGUCUGCUUGUUUCCUUUAUGCCCACCAUUGGGUUCUAUCUCCCCUGUGGUUUUGUCCUGGUAUCUCUGUAAAAGGCUAGGUUAUUGCUCCUUUGUGGAUUCUGGGUCACAUUGACCAGCUAGGGCAUUUGACAGUGAUAGCAAAUAUCACUUCUACAAAAGGAUCAGACACUGCAACCCCAAGGGCUCUCAGGUACAGGUGAUAACUGUGGGCACCAGGGAGAAGUGAUGGUUAGGAGGAAUCUCCAUGGCUCUGCCCAGGAAGAAGCCGGGAGGCUUUGAGGUGACCCAGUAGUUCCCGUCUUUCUCUGCCUUCAAGUUUUGCUGCCUUUAGUGCAGUGUCAGAAUAUGAUAGGUUGCUGUUGGUUCGCUGCUGCUGCUGAAACACCUGUGUCAGUAGGCCGCUCUGGCAGCACCUGGAAGCCAUCUCCUUCCUGCAUCUUUAUUGGGUUCUCUAUGCUAUAAUUCUGAUCAUGGGGUCAAGAAGAGUAAAGAAGAAUACCAGGACCUCAGCUCAACAAGACUUUAAACCAGUCAUAUCAAAGAGUUCUAACUUCUUUAGAAGAGUUCUUUAGUGGCAAUUUCUUUGCUUUCCCCAAGCUGUAGAAACUGUGAAUCUGAUGAUCCCAAAGCUACAAAAAC